AUGGGGAAAAGAGGAGGGAAAAACUACCAGAAGAAAGACGUAACAAACGCUACAACAAGUUCCCGACGCAACCUUCAUGUGUUUUCUACUCAAGAUAUGGACGAUGAGAUUGAUGCUUUUCAUAAGCAGAGGGAUAUUGUUCCACUUGACAUAAAUGCUGAUUCUGAAUCUGAUGAAGAUGAUGAAAUACCUAUUUUUGACUCUAAGGAUAUUGAUAAUGAUGAUAGUGAUGAUGAUGAGGAGGAGGAGGAAGAUGAUGAGGACGAUGAUGAUGAUGUGGAGGAUGAAUAUGACGGUAAUGACAAAGGCUAUAUUGCAAAAUUAAUUAGGCAAAAGAAAUAUUUAGAGUCAAAGCAUGGUGGAGAUGAAGACGGAAUGCAAGAUGAUGAUGAAGAUGAGGGGGAUAUUAAAACAAUUACCGGUGGUAGAAAGUACUCACAUGGCGCUGAGAAUCGUAAUUUUGAGCUACAAGCAAGUGAUGAUGAGGCCCCAAAAGAAGAGGAAAAAAUUGCAACUGACAUGCAAAGGGAGAAAGCAAAAGGCUUAACGAUGGAAGACUUUGGCCUUUGGGACAUCGAUAAUGACAACUUAACUUCUAAGGAUGCGACAGAUAAAGGAAACAGAGUGAUAAAACCACUGGAUAGAGAUGGAACUUUCAAGGCUGAGGAUCUGAAUGCUUUAUCAAAGGAGGAGCAAAUGAACGUCCUGCAUAGGUCUGCUCCGGAAUUAGUUGAUUGGUUGUCAGAAUUGAAUGAGGCACACACAGAGCUUGAAUGCAAAAUCAACCCAUUUUUAAGCAAGGUUAAAAAGGGGGAAACAGUAUUGGAAGGAGUAGUGCGUUAUUUUGAGUUGAAACAGCCUCUCAUGUUGUCCUAUUGCCAAGCUAUAACCUUCUACCUUCUACUCAAGUCUGAAGGGCAACCAGUAGAUGAUCAUCCUGUAAUAGCUCGCCUUGAAGAGAUCAAGGAAUUAAUAAAUCAGAUUAAACAACUUGAUACAGAACUUCCAGUUGAACUUGAGGACAUUCUUAAAGGAAGUAGCGGAUUAGAUCAUGAGAAUGUUCCAAUGCCAGCAGAUUCUAUCACCAUACACCAAGAACAGCCUCUGGUCGCUGCUGUAUCACAAGAAGAAGCAGUGCCUAGCAAUUUAGUUGAGAAGAAAAAAUCGGAUGUCUCAAAGGAUGGUGUACAAAAAGGAAGAAAAGUAAAAGAUCAGAAGGAUUACAUUGGCGCCCAGAGUUUGGAAAUGUUAAAAGUUAGAGCUUCCCUUGAGGAAAAAUUGAGACAAAAGGGUUUGUAUAAUCAAACUACUCCAAAGCCAACUAAUUCUCUAAAGCGAUCAAGACCAGCUAAUGGCCAACUUGCAACAUAUGAUGAUUUUGAUGAUGAUGCUGUCAAUGUUAAUGGGACAGCAGGACUGUCUAAUGGUCUUGUCUCCAGUAAAGUUUCACCGUUUGUUAAUGCUAAUCUGAAGAAACUCAAGGUGGCUUCUGGUGAUGAUGAUUUGCCCAGGAGAGAUGAUAGUCAUAAUCGCCGGUGGGAACAUGAGGAGCGGGUGUUGACUGGUGCUGGAGUUAAGACUGAGGAUGACAACGGUGAUGCUGAUGAUGAUCAAAUGACCGAUCUUGGAUCUCAUAAACUUGAUGAUAAAAAGGUCACUGAAAGCAGGGGUGACCCAGAAAAUGAUGUUUAUAAACAAGCAGAAAAUUUGCUAGCUGCAAAACGUGCUGCAAAAGCAGCAGCCCGUUUAAGGAAACCAGCUGUCCCCUCUUUGCCAGAGGAGACUGUGGACGGAAAGCGCUAUAUCACUUCUCAGAUGGCGAAGAAUAGAGGACUAACUCGAAGUCGCAACAAGAAUAAAAAGAAUCCUAGAAAGAAUUACAAGCUCAAGCAUCAAAAAGCUCUUAAGAAUCGGCAAGGACAGGUUCAGAGUUUCAGAACGCAAACUGCACCUUAUGGCGGGGAAGCCUCUGGAAUUAAUCCAACUAUCAGUCGAAGUGUCAGAUUCAAGAGCUGA